UCCUCGUCCUCAACCUCCUCCCUCCUCUUUCUCUUCUUCCUCCAUCCCCGCUUUAUCCUCUUCCUCCCUCUCCCCAGCAAGUUCGAUGCGAUCGGCUCUGGGCCCUGCCGUGAGUUGUCGGUGCGGGCGACAGCGCUGCUGAACAUGGCGUCGGACGGGAUGAUUUUAACAAACCACGACCACCAAAUUCGGGUCGGAGUCCUGACGGUGAGCGACAGCUGUUACCGAAACCUGGCAGAGGACCGCAGCGGCGUAAACCUCAAAGAUCUCGUCCAUGAUCCAUCCUUGUUGGGUGGUAUGAUUGUGGCUUACAAGAUAGUGCCAGACGAAAUAGAUGAAAUCAAGGAGACUUUGGUGGACUGGUGCGAUGAAAAGGAGCUUAACCUCAUUUUAACCACCGGAGGUACCGGCUUUGCUCCAAGAGACGUCACACCGGAGGCCACUAAGGAGGUGAUCGAGCGUGAGGCUCCGGGGAUGUCGCUGGCAAUGUUGAUGGGCUCUCUCAACGUCACGCCGCUAGGCAUGCUGUCCAGACCUGUGUGCGGAAUUCGAGGGAAGACACUAAUCAUUAACUUACCAGGAAGCAAGAAAGGCUCCCAGGAAUGCUUCCAGUUCAUCCUGCCAGCGCUGCCACACGCCAUCGACCUCCUGCGUGACGCCGUGGUGAAGGUUAAGGAGGCGGCGGACGAGCUGGAGGACCUGCCGUCGCCGCCGCCGCCUCUGUCGCCGCCGCCCAACAGUUCGCCACGGCGUCAGACGGAGGACAAGGGCGUGCAGUGCGAGGACGAGGAUGAGGAAAAGAAAGACAGCGGCGUGGCGUCCACGGAGGACAGCUCCUCCUCCCACAUCACCGCAGCAUCCAUCGCCGCCAAGAUCCCAGACGCCAUUAUCUCGCGGGGUGUACAGGUCUUGCCCAGGGAUACGGCCUCUCUCAGCACCACGCCCUCGGAGUCGCCCCGUGCCCAGGCCACUUCACGCCUCUCUACCGCAUCCUGCCCCACCCCUAAAGCGCGGCUCCCCUCCUGUUCAUCUACCCUAAGCAUUGCCGAGGCCUCACGGAGAGAAUUCAGGGCUCACCUGGAUGAGGUCAUCACGCUCAAGUCAAGGUACUCUACCUUGGACCAGCGACACGCCAUAUUCGAGCCACGGCGUCCAUCGUCCUACGCCAACUGUCUUCCCCUAUUUUCAUGGCUCUCCGAUGGUGGAGUCUUUGUCGUCAUCUCUCCGGAGCUUUUGUUUGUUUCAUCACAUCACCCGUGCACUGAGCUCCAGUGUAGGUUGGAGGGGCUUAAAGAUGAUCGCAGGAGGACCUUCAGCUCUCGAGUGCAGUCGCGAUGCAGCAGCAAAGAGAAUAUCCUAAGAUCAAGUCACAGUGCUGUGGACAUUACCAAGGUGGCCCGGAGACACCGCAUGUCCCCUUUCCCCCUCACUUCCAUGGACAAGGCCUUCAUCACUGUGCUGGAGAUGACGGCCGUCCUGAGCACCGAGAUCAUCAAUUACAGAGACGGGAUGGGUCGAGUCCUCGCUCAGGACGUUUAUGCCAAAGACAACCUGCCGCCCUUCCCUGCCUCUGUCAAGGAUGGCUAUGCUGUGAGAGCCGCCGACGGCCCGGGCGACCGCUUCAUCAUUGGAGAGUCACAAGCAGGCGAGCAGCCCACCCACACCGUGAUGCCUGGCCAGGUGAUGAGGGUGACAACCGGCGCUCCUAUCCCCUGCGGGGCUGACGCCGUCGUUCAGGUGGAAGACACGGAGCUCCUCCGCGAGUCCGAAGAUUUUGUCUUUCAGGGCACCGAGGAACUGGAAGUACGAAUUCUAGUUCAGGCUCGGCCAGGCCAGGACAUCAGGCCUAUUGGUCACGACAUCAAGCGUGGCGAGUGUGUGCUGGCCAAGGGCACCCACAUGGGCCCCUCUGAGAUCGGCCUCCUGGCCACCGUGGGAGUCACGGAGGUGGAGGUGCAGAAAUUUCCCGUGGUGGCGGUCAUGUCGACAGGAAAUGAGUUGCUGAACCCAGAGGAUGACCUCCAUCCCGGGAAGAUCCGGGACAGCAACCGCUCCACCCUACUGGCCACCAUCCAGGAACAUGGCUACCCAACCAUCAAUCUUGGCAUUGUGGGGGACAACCCCGAUGACCUUCUCAAUGCUCUGAACGAAGGCAUCAGCCGUGCUGAUGUCAUUAUCACCUCAGGCGGAGUAUCCAUGGGAGAGAAGGACUACCUAAAGCAGGUGCUGGAUAUAGAUCUUCAUGCUCAGAUACAUUUUGGUCGGGUCUUCAUGAAACCAGGGCUCCCAACCACCUUUGCCACGCUGGAUAUCGACGGUGCUCGUAAACUCAUCUUUGCCCUCCCAGGUAGAAACCCCGUAUCCGCUGUCGUCACAUGUAAUCUUUUUGUCAUCCCUGCCUUGAGGAAGAUGCAGGGCAUUUUGGACCCAAGGCCGACCAUCAUCAAAGCGAGGUUAUCUUGUGAUGUGAAAUUGGAUCCUCGCCCCGAAUAUCACCGCUGCAUCCUUACGUGGCAUCACCAGGAACCUCUGCCGUGGGCCCAGAGCACAGGGAACCAGGUGAGCAGCAGACUGAUGAGCAUGCGCAGCGCCAACGGGCUCCUGAUGCUACCUCCCAAAACCGAGCAAUACGUGGAGCUGCACAAAGGGGAAGUGGUGGACGUCAUGGUCAUCGGCCGGCUAUGAUGUCGUGGCGGCGGGGGGCGGAGGGUCGCCGUCGUUUCUCGCGAGGGUCGUUCACGGGCGGUUCACAGUGCAUGUCCACAUAUCAUCGACGAUUCUGUAAUAUGCAACGGCACAGCUAGUUUUUGUUGAUUCGGAGAACGUUGAGAUAUAGUCGACAUCUCGAUCACAGCCUAGAUACUGUAUAAGAAAAACUUAAUUUACGGAGAGUAUAGUAUUUGAAAGAGAAAAUACAACUUUUAAUGGAGGGGGAAAAAAAAUCUAAUGAUAAAGAGAUUUAUUCUGUAAUAUAUUCUGAUUAUUCUUAUUAUUAUGAUUAUUCUUCUCAUCAUUAUUAUAUUAAGGCAACUUUGUUCCUUUCAUUGCAAUUGCUUUGUGUGUUCAACGCUAGACCUUAUCUAUAGCAGUAGCAUUUUAAUAGACAGCUGUAGGUGCCUGCCAGGACUUGGGGGGAGAAUUCUCAUCUUUAGUGGAAAAAUACCCGUACCCUGAUUUUAAUUUAAUUUAUUUAUUUAGUUUUGAAAAUGAAGAAAAAUAAUGAAGACUCCAGAUUUCCCAUGGUGCUGCAGUUCGAAGGAAAAGAGGGGCACAUCAAGGUCUUUUUCGCUUUUGAGCGCCAAUCAAGGUGACACUUUUUCUCUCGUUAGUAUGCAUCAUAUUGGCUUCACAAAGAGCUUUGCUUGUCGUUUAUCUCGUGAGUCUUGUUUAUGUGCGCGUGCCAAAUGCCUGGGUGUGGGAGGGAGUCAGAGAGGGGUGUGGGGUGCAGGGUGCGCCCAAGCUUUCCUUAAGUUUGCGGUAACCAGGUGGAACAUUUGCUCCCGCCCUGCCCACCACCCUGACUACAACCCCCCCCCCCCCCUGCCCAGGGAUCAGCUUGGGGUGGGGAAGGGGAAAUAUAUUUUAUUUGAGCAACUAUUUAAGAAAAAAAAGCAAGAGAAGAAGCAGCUUCUUUAAUUGCUGACAGCCUUUUUAACCGACUUCACAAAAUUGUACAGAAAAAAGAAAAUAAAUAGAACCAUAUUGUACAGAUAUGUGACCAGCACUCCUAAGGCAGUUAUUACAAAGCAAUGAGGAGACAUUGAACAACGCUGUACUAUAAACAUUUUCUGUAAUGAUGCUGAAACUGAUGGAAGAGACUACGAAAAUAAAAUCCUUGAUCAUUAUGUAAAAAAAA